GGGGGGAUAACGUGAAGAGGCGAAGGUCUGGCUUGGAGGAGGAUCGGGGCGUCCGCGCUCGCUCCCCGUUUCCUAGCCGGUGUGCAUCCUGGAUGAGGAAGCGCCGCGGCGCCUGAAGGAGCGGCCGGUGGACAGCGCGGACUUCCCGCGGGCCGGAGACUGGUGCUCGGGGGCCUCGCGUUGCUUGAGACCCGGCGCCCCCGCCCUGUAGGCGGCCGGUCCCCCCUCCACCAUGGCCGAGCUGAUCCAGAAAAAGCUGCAGGGAGAGGUGGAGAAAUAUCAGCAGCUGCAGAAAGACUUGAGCAAAUCCAUGUCGGGGAGGCAGAAGCUGGAGGCCCAGCUGACGGAAAAUAACAUCGUGAAGGAGGAGCUGGCCUUGCUGGAUGGAUCCAACGUGGUCUUCAAGCUCCUGGGACCCGUGCUGGUCAAGCAGGAGCUAGGGGAGGCUCGGGCCACGGUGGGGAAGAGGCUGGACUACAUCACAGCGGAAAUUAAACGCUACGAAUCGCAGCUGCGGGACCUUGAGCGGCAGUCGGAGCAACAGAGGGAGACCCUUGCCCAGCUGCAGCAGGAGUUCCAGCGAGCCCAGGCAGCAAAGGCUCCUGGGAAGGCCUGACCCCAUGGAAGGGGGAGGGGAGGGAGGGGUGAGGCAGCUCCGGGGUCUACUCUAGAAUAGCCAAUAAAAUGCAAACCAAGUCCGUUCUUUCUGCCCACUCUUUUCCUCCCUUCCUCUGGGAUACAGUUCUUGACAUGGAGUCUCUGGCGGUGUUCUGGCGUUGUUUUCCUUCCUGGUACUGAGAACUAAAAUCCGGGCUUUGCCUGUGCGCCUUCA